UGGGGAACUGAGACGUACGGGACGAGGAGCAAUGGCAGAGGGCUCGUCCCCAGAGAGGGUCGCCGGACGCCCCGCCUAGGGUGGCAGUGGGAUCCCUUAGCUUCAGGAUUCUUCAUCGGACUCUCCUGGGACUACUUAAGAUUUGGCUCCUUGCUAUGGAACACCUCCGAAUCUUUCCUUCUCGUAGCUGGACGCAUCCUUAGGGUCCUGAAACAGGCCCUGCAGCCCAGCUCUCACGGUUUUAGGGACACUCAGCCAGCCACAGCUGGAUCCACCUGGGGCCCGGCAGGCAGUGUCCUUGACCCCUAGAUGAUCUGCCCGGUUCCCUACACAAGGAGUCAGGAAAGUCUGCCCUCCAGUCUGCCGCUGCUAAGGGUCAUCUCUUCCUUUCUGGGGAGUCGCCACGCGCACAUUGACCGCUGGCAUUGGUCUGUGCUGUAUUCCCUUGAGUCGUCUCUCUUGUCUUCGGGUGGCUGCAAAUCCGGAUAAGUUUUUCCCAGCGCUGAACACUUGGGUUCCCGGGAGGAGCUUUCUUGUGGUCUCUGUGGACAACUGAUCCCUGAUGCUGCCUUUGUUUAAAGACCAAGACAUUUUGUUGUGCUGCUAUCCCAGCCUGUGAUUUCUGCUGCUGUUGUCACAAAAAGGCAAUGCCAACUUCAGCAGUCUUAAGCCCGGUGUGAAACUUUCGUGUGUAUUUACUCACACCCCACCACACCCCCCAUUUGUAGAGAUGUCUGGGGCUGGCCCUUCCUCUGGAUUUGCAGGAAGCGUGGAGAAUGGAACUUUUCUGGAGCUGUUUCCCACAUCGUUAUCCACAUCGGUAGACCCGUCCUCGGGCCACCUCUCCAAUGUCUACAUCUAUGUGUCCAUAUUCCUCAGCCUCCUGGCCUUCCUGCUUCUGCUGUUAAUCAUUGCUCUCCAGAGGCUGAAAAAUAUCAUCUCCUCCAGUUCCUCCUACCCGGAGUACCCAAGUGAUGCUGGGAGCUCUUUCACCAAUUUGGAAGUCUGCAGCAUCUCCUCUCAGAGGUCUACCUUUUCAAACCUCUCGUCAUGAAGAAAAUGGAAGAAUAGUCCGAGUGAGCACGGCUUUGGUUUCUCCACACAGAAGGGACUGCUGCACGACAAAAAUGACUCUCCGGGUAGACCGGCUUUCCUCUUCCAUUUUUUAUUUCUUUUCUGCUCGGGAUGUGCUCCAUUUGUGAGAGGAGAGGCCAAUGCUGACAGAAAUAUAGGUAAACACUGAAGUGUGGGAUUCUGCCCAAAGCUCUUGGCCAACAUGGAGGCUGGUGAGCAGCACUCUACUGGACGGCACAGACUCAGCUGAGGACUGCUGGGGAUGCUAGUUAGAGGUCUUUCACUCUGCCGCUUCCCAAGCCCUGGGACUACCUGAGCCAGCAGAAAUGUAAAAAACAACAACAAAAAACAAGGAGACUAUUCAGAAGAUAUUUUC